CACCAGGAUUUACAAAGCCGAAGAGCAAUUCUGAACACCCGGAUUUCUGCUAUUUUAAACGCAGCUGUUGGGGUUGUUUCUUCUCAUAACCCAAAGUAUUCUGAUUCCGUGAUCAAUGGUUCCCCAAACCACAAGGUUAACAGGAUGUUUCACAGCUUUUCACAGAUGACGCUGCGAAACAAAAUUCGGCACCAGUCACAGACGGAGAUGUUGGGCAGAUGAACAGCAUGAUAGACAAUCAGCCAGGCCGUUGCUGCCAUCAGGCUAGGUUGAACCACAGCCAAGAUUCCUGUUUCAACUGCUGUCAUCAGGUCAUCCACAUAGGAAGCAGCAUCGAAACUUCCUGGUACAGAGGAGAGAGUUUCAGAAAACGCCCGUGACUUUAUGCGAGUAUCCUGUCUGAUCAUGAUGACCUGUACUUGUGCCCAACUCUGUGUUUGACAAACACUAAAUACCAGCAGUUUGGCAUUGGCUGCAUUUGGAUUCAAAUUUCUUUCGAGUGUGCCAAUGGCUGAUGAAGAGACCCAGAGCUAUUUCGUCUGGUCUUUCCUGUCCUGGGUCGCGACCUUCUUCAUGGUGUUCGGGGGCGCGGCUCCUUACAUCCCGCAAUACCGCGAGAUCCAAAAAAGUGGCAAUACCGAGGGCUUCUCCACACAUGUGUGCCUGGUGCUGCUGGUAGCGAAUAUUCUCCGCCUCUUCUUCUGGUUUGGAAGAAAUUUUGAUGUGACCCUCGUAUGGCAAAGCAUUGUCUUGAUAAUCACCAUGCUGGCCUUGUUGUACUUGUGCUGUGAUCUACAGCAAUCAUCCAGGAUGAGCACCAGUAUACACCGUUUCACAGAUUUUGAUCCCAGAUAUUUUUGGGCCUGGAGCCGCUUUCUUGAUUACAUCCAGUUUUGUUUAUCCUUUACUGUGGCGUGCCUCUUUGUGACGUACCUCCUAAUCGACUCUCAACUCUUUGUGGAAACUCUUGGCUUCUCGGCUGUCCUCACUGAAGCCAUGUUGGGGUUGCCUCAGCUUUGGCGGAACUUCAAGAACAAGUCAACAGCAGGGAUGAGUGUUAACAUGGUGCUCCUGUGGACCCUGGGCGACGUCUUUAAGACUGCGUACUUCAUAAUUAAUGCAACCCCAGUGCAAUUCUGGGUUUGUGGGACUCUUCAGAUUUGCAUUGAUAUCGCAAUUUUCUUUCAGGUGUUCACCUACAGGAAAGGAGAGCAUGAAAAAUAUACCUAACAAAACUGCACAGUGAAUGACUGCCUGCCUGAGCCACAUGACACUGUGUGGGACAUGCCAAGAAGUUUGUUUUCCUUCCUUAUUCAGGGAAGAAUGUCCUAUGGUAUGACUAGUAUGCUAAAGUGCCUUAGCCAAAGAACGCAUUUCCUAUUAAAAUUUCUUGUCUACAGGAUGUACACUCACGAUAUUGAAGAUCUCCAACAGGCAAGAGAGAAGAGUUAGCUUUAUAUAAUUCACCAUUCAGUUUUCAAAAAGAGGAGGCAUAAAAAGGCAGCAGAAAAACAGGCUGAUCUUUGUCACUCUGCGUUUCAUAAGGGCUGACCAGAUAAUUACUGCUAAGUUCUGUGAAUGGUUCUGAAAUUCUCCUUGCACCUUAAUAUAACUUCAACUUCAUCAAAAAGUUUUCUGUUUCCACACUGGGACAGGGACUUUUGCUAGCAUCAAGUGUCGCCUGUCAUUUCUUGCUGCAUGCUAUGUUGUGAGGCUCCACUGUGUCAGCACCUAAUCAGAAAAUUACCUUGCAUCUCAUUCUUUUAAUACUUCUUGGGCAAGUGCUUAAAAUUGAAUUAUAAUUGAUAUGACUUUAUGCUCUUUAUAAUAUGCAGAUAAUGUUUAAUGGGCAUUCUUUGUACUAUUUUGGAUAAACUAAUGAUAUAAACUGAAAAAAAAUCUACAAUUCAUUGGAAAUGUAUUCCAAUGUAAUCCAGUAAAGGAUUCAUUACAUUAUGUUGUUGAUUGGGAAACUGGUAAUAGUCCUUGUUGAUGCUCUGCUCUCUCCUUUUCCAAUUUUGCUUGUGUUUCAUAUUGUUAGACUUGUUUUUAUAUCAUUUAUGGGCCUUUAUUUUUUGGUGUGUUUCCCAACCAUUUUAUCAUUUGCUUGUGGACGUUGGGGAAUUUCCAAAUCACAUAUACCGAGCUGCAUGAAAGCUAAUUUACUGUACUCCGCAUUUAUGGUGCAUACAAAUAACCCCGUGAGAGGAUAUUGGAUAAUAAGUAAUACAAAUAUAAAAUGCUAGUAUCCUCCUAAUGUUUUGAAGCACCAUUGAAAAAGAAGCAGAGCUGAAAUGUCAGCUUAAUGACCUUCUUUGGACUCUAGAUUUUUAUUUCUGGGUUUAUUACUUUUUUAAAAAUUUAUUCAUGGACAUCAUGACUAAGAACUGUAUUUGAUUCCAAACCUUAAUGGUUUUCAAAGGUGGUGUCAAGCUGCCUUCUUUAACCCUUGUGAUCUUUAUGCAGCAGACACUUCCACAGUGCUUUACCGUACAGUGUUCCUAGAUUUACUGACAAUCAAAGAACAGCAUUUACAAGAAAAGGUAGUAAGUUGGGGAGGAACUUUGCAUGGACCCUCUGUGCUUCUUUUGUAUCCAUUAUGAAUGAUGACACAGUUAACAGAUUUGGGAGUUGAUGCAAUUUUUAUUACUAAAAUAUUGUUUUAGAAGUUAUUUUAUUGUGUUAUGAUUUUUGGCAAGUGGAACGUGAAUAUUUUCUCUACUAACACUGCUAGAUAGGAUAAACAAGAAGUUUGACCUUAAAACUAAAAAAUGCAUUUUUUUUUCUGUUGCUGUGACAUUACUGAGAUGGAAAUAAACUCCAUUGUACCAUAUUGAAGGGUACAAUGCUGGGAAGGGCACUCCAAGGCUGAAUAUUUCUACGUACUAAUUUUAAGCAUUAUUGACUUGAUAGAUUGAUGGAUUUUUUUAAUGUCACAUACUGUAGUUGAACUGAGCGCUAUACUUUUCUUGCUGUAAUUUGACUGGUUGUAGAGUUGGGUAGGGGAAAAAGGGUUAGUGUGCAUUUCUGACCAUAUAGACCACAAGGGCAGCUGCAGCCCUCCCACAUUCCCCAAGUCCUGAGGGAGUUGUAUUUGGCUUAUUAUCAGAUGAAAAAGAACCAACUGGUCCCCAGACUGAGCUGUGGGCCAGGGUAGGAUUCUGUCUCUGAGAAGGGGCUCAGGCUAGAGACAUCUGGUUACAUCUUCUGCCCCAAGAGAAAGAAACACUUUCCUCAGCUGCUUUGUGAGCAACCUCAGGUAGUCCCCAAAUGGUCUCCGAUCAAUUUGCACUAUGUCUUUUAUAAAUGGGUGCAGUGGCAACCUGAAAAUUACAUUGUGCCCUGGAGUACCAGUUUUUAUAUUUAGCCAUCCUCCUUUCUUUUGAUGAUGAGUAGGCUGCUCAACGCCAGGAGAUUCCAUGAAGCAAGCACAAUAGGUGAAUGAUAAAAUUUACCCUCCUCUCCAUCUUCCCCACAAUCUAUUAGUUGUGCUAGAAAGGGCCACCAGCUUCGGAACUCCAUAAAGACCUUUGGAUCAUUAAUUAGAAAUAUUUUCCCAGUAUCCUUAUACCACUGUGAUCUGAAAAAAAGUUUUAUUAGCAAUAACAAUGAAAUGAAAGACUGUUAGUCACUUUAGUCAUUUUUAAAAUCUAGUCCAUUGAGUUCUAUCAGAUUAUCUAAGCAGUUACAAUUUUUUUUUAUCCAUAAUGUCAUCCAAAAAAAUGUUACUGUAGUUUUAAAAUUGUGGAAUCUACCUCUGCCUUAACCUUUCUCAUUCGCUGUACAAAUACAGUCAGUAACAUCAAUCAAAUAUUACUAUUUCCAUAUUUUUGCACCAAUACCCGAUUCCUUCAUCUCAGGAUGUGCUGUGCUGGAUUUUCUCAGUUGUACUGCCAACAUUCCACAGUACUACUGGCAAGAGUCCAAUGGACAACUUUGGAAAAUAGCCAGCAAUUAUAGUCAUAGAGGAACACAGAACAGAAACUGGCCCUUCAACCCAACUCAUCCAUGCUGACCAAGGCAUCCACCUAAGGUAGUCUCAUUUGCUCGUGUUUUACUUGAAUCCUUCUUAAUCUUUCCUAUCCGUAUGCUUAUCCAGAUGUCUUUUAAAUGGUGAUAUUGCUACAACUACUUCCUCUGGCAGCUUGAUCCAUAUCUCACCAUCUUCAGUGUGAAGAAGUUAUCCCUCAGGCCCCUUUUAUAUCUUUCUCCUCUCACCUUAAAUCAAUACUCCCUAGUUUUACAUUCCCUUUCCCCAAGAAAACACCUUUCAUAUUCUCCCUGUCUAGGUCCUUUAAGAUUUUAUGCACCUCUAUAAGGUCACCCCUGCAUCUCCUACAUUCCAAUGAAGCCCUGACUGGCUCUGCCUCUCCCUACAACUCAGGCUCUUGAGUCUUGGCAGCAUUCUUGUAAAUUUUCUUUGCAGCAGUUGUUAUAAAAUUGCUUCUGCUCUUCUAAAGGGCAGGACCUCAAUCUCUUCAGGGGGUAUUUAAGAAGGUCACUUCAUAGGGCAGGUACUGACAAUGGCUAAUUCCCUAAGGCAUCUUCAUUCAUUGGAGAUAGAUAUGCAGGAUCAGAACGCUAGGGCUGCCCGACUGCAGAUGGUGAGACUGCACAAGAUUCCCUGAGUGUAGUAAAGGAGGUCAUUUACCACCAUUUUUGAAUGAAGGUGGAGUCUUUAUUUCUUCAUGUUGCCCCACUUACCCCAACAAUGGGUGUCACUGCGGUGGUACGGGAUAGGCAGUUUUCAGGCACAAGACAACAGUGUAACGGGCUUACUGCAAAUGAUGCAUCUUCCUUUGACUUCCCAAAGAUUCUGGCUGAGUCAUUGCUGUAGUGUACCAUCAGAAAAAUACCAGUGCAGCUGUUGGGAUCAUAGUCUGCAUGUUCCUAUAGCUUUGGGAUUUCUUUUUUAUUGAUUUUUGCAAAGAAAGACUCAGCACGGCCUUCCAAAAAUACAUCUGUUACAUAAGCAGAUUCUUCUAGUGCAUUGUGAAAAUGAAUGUCAGAUGAUUUGUGCAUGUGCAAUUAUAGGUGGUUAAGUUUUUCCUCACCUUCUCCAGGGCUUGAUUUGUUAGUCUGCACCAUUACAGAAUGUACUGCCACUGUGAUUCUCAGGUUCAAUUGCAUUGGACUCCAGCAGGGCUGGGUGACUUGGCUAGUACAUUAUUAAUCAUGGCUUUUUUUUAAAUGGGUCAGACUUUGGCAGUGAUUUUUCCUGUCAGUGUCAAUAAUUGUCAGGUACAUUGUUUCUGCACCGAAGCCUACAACAUGCUUUAAUAUAGCAAUACUGGGCUAGCUUUUGAAGACUUGCCGAACAUUACAGUCCACAAUAUGACAUCUAUAAUUUUCUUUGUCAAAACCUUUUGAUAAAAUAAAGAUGCUCUGAACAGAAUAGAACUUUUCAUGCAUGAAAUAUUCCAUAGUUCUGUUCAGAAUAGUUUAUUUUGAUAUAUUUUUAAUAUUUAGGCACAGAUAAACCCUACAGCCACUGCAUUAUAUAACAAUUCUAAUGCUGCAGUGAGUUACUUCAAACACAAUUCACCAGACAGAAUGGCCAGCUUUGGUUAUUAUAUGUGAUACAGCAGCACUUAAGUUUAAUUCAAUUACAUUUUCACUUAUGCAUGGCUGAGUUUUAUUUUCAGCAGCUUGAUGGUAGAUGUAAUUCUGUAAACCAGGACAAUUUUUCUUUAUAGUCACUUGUAACACAACAUACAGUGGCUAAACAAGCAUAUUCUAACUGAGAAUGUUCAAAAAUUGUUAACAGUAGGCACAUAAAAUACUGGAUAGUUUUCAAUGAAUUUAACAUGGUAGCUAUAAUUCAUGCUGAUGAGCAACACCAGAAGAAUUUAAGCCAGAUCCUGGUUUAAACCUGGGUCCUCUGUGCUGGUACAGAGGAUUAAGUACAACUCUUGUCCAUAUGAUUCUCACCCAGAUUCCCUUGUUACUUAGAACUUGUGUAGAGAUUUUAAGAUGCAGUUAAUUAUCACUUGCCUGAAUCAGAAUCGUUGGAACUCAUCACUGAGAAAUCCAAGACUUGUUUGAUGUUUUGUGUGCUGUGCCAGGAUCACUGGUGUCAAAAUAUGUAAGAAAUUCAUUAUGUUUCCAGUUGCACCAGUUGGAAUAUGUUAUUGUCCCUCACACUAACCUAAAAUGAAAGCCUAAUAUAGUCUCUCAGGGCGACCAUCCAUUGAAUGGUAUCCAGUAGAAAAUAGGUUAUUUAUUAAUUUACACUCCCAGUACAUUGAAUGGGCCACAUUAUUGAUCUUACAGCACAACAUCCCUCUCCUAACCCACAUGACCAUCUAUUCGAGCUUUAUGUCACAGUCCCUAUAAAAAUUAUACACCCCCCUUGGGACUUUUCCUAUUUUAUUGUUUUACAACAUUGAAUCGCAGUGGAUUUAAUUUGGCUUUUUUGACACUGAUCAACAGAAAAGACUCUUUCAAAUCAAAGUGAAAUCAAAUUUCUACAAUUUGGUCUAAAUUUAUUACAAUUAUUAAACACAAGAUAAGCGAUUGCUAAUUACUCACCCCCUUCAAGUCAGUAUUUAGUAGAUGUACCUUCGGCAGCAAUUGCAGUCUUGGGUCUGUGUGGAUAGAUCUGUAUCAGGUUUGCACAUCUGGACACUACAAUUUACAAAACUACUCAAGUUCCGCCAGAUUGCAUGGGGAUUGUGACUGAACAGCCCUUUUCAAAGUCUAGUCACAAAUUCUCAAUUGGAUUGAGGUCCGGAUUCUGACUUGGCGACUCCAAGACAUUAACUUUGUUGUUUUUAAGCUAUUCCUGUGUAGCUUUGGCUUUAAGCUUGGGGUCAUUGUCUUGAUGGAAAACAAAUCUUCUCCCUAGUCAUAGUUCUCUUGAAGACUGCAUCAGGUUUUUCUCCAAGAUUUCCCUGCAUUCAUUUUACCCUCUACUUCCACAAGUUUUCCUAAGCCUACUGCAGUGAAGCAUCCCCACAGCAUGAUGCAGUCACCAUGCUUCACAGUAGGAAUGGUGUGUUUUUGAUGAUGUGAGGUAUUUGGCUUACACCAAACGUAGCAUUUAGUCAGAUGGCCAAAAAGCUCAAUUUUGGUUUCAUCUGACCAUAGAAACCUCUUCCAGUUGACUUCUGAGUAACUCUAACCAAGAUUUCAUGUGAGUAUUUUUCAACAGUGGCUUUCUCUUUGCCACUCUCCCAUAAAGCACCCAGGCGACAGUCGUGUGCCUAGUCUCUCCCAUCUCAGUCAUUGAAGCUUGUAAUUCCACCUGAGUUGUCAUAGGUCUCUUGGUGGCCUCCCUCAGUAGUCCCGUUCUUACACAGUCACUCAGUUUUUGAGGACAACCUAAUCUAGGCAGAUUUACAGCUGUGCCAUAUUCUUUCCAUUUCUUGAUAAUUGACUUAACUGUACUCCAAGGGAUAUUCAGUGACUUGGACAUUUUCUUGUACUUUCUUGUAUUCUCCUGACUUGUGCUUUUCAAUAACCUUUCCACAGAAUUGCUUAGAGUGUUCCUUUGUCUUCAUGGUGUAGUUUUUGCCAGGAUACUGACUCACCAGCAGUUGGCCCUUCCAAAUACAGGUGUAUUUUUACUAUGAUCAAUUGAAACACCUUGACUGCAAAUAGAUGAUCUCUAUUUAACUAAUUAUGUGACUUCUAAAAACAAUUGGCUGCACCAGUGAUGUUUUGGUGUGUCAUAUUAAAUGGGGUGAAUACUGAUACAAUCAGUUAUUUUGUGUUUUACAUUUGUAUUUAAUUUAGAUUAUUUUGUAGAGAUCUAUUUUCACUUAAACACAAAAAGCCUUUUUCUGUUGAUCAGUGUAAAAAAAAAGCCAAAUUCAAUCCACUGUGACUCCAUGUUGUAAAACAAUAAAACAUGAAAACUUCCAAGGGGGGUGAAUACUUUUAUAGGCACUUUAUUCACAGUGGAAAGAUUACACAAUUAUUCCUUGUGUGUGUGUACAUAGUGAGUGUAAACUUAAUGCUGCAUUCUGCUGUUAAUGAUUUUAAGUUGUUUUCCUUUUUAUCAGAAAAAGAGUUCAGAUAAAACUUACAAAUAUUGUAUCUUAAAAAAAACUUGUUAUUCUGUUAAAUUGCUUAAAACAUUGCAUUUUGAUGUGUCUUUAUCUCAUUACUUAUAUGAUAAA